AUGCUGUUCCGUACUUUCAAGUCGCUCGUGAUCGCGCUAGCGUUCGGCGCUAUCACCACGUCGGCACAGCACCUCGAUCGGAUCGCGAGCCGUCGCCUCACUGAGUAUCAAAUGCCGGCCACCACCCAGACGCAUGAGUUUGCGCGCGUGCCGGACACGAACAUAGUGUUGCUGUCGCAGAUGUCUAACAGCAACCUCGUCAAGAUCGAGCUGGAUCCAACAACCGAGGAGCCCAUUGCUCUUCACUCGUUCCCCAUGGGAAAGAACAGUGAUUCCGGGCUACAUGGCGUGUGGCCAUCGGAUGUGUAUCCCGGCAAGGUGUGGCUGUCGCUGCAGCUUGAGAACAAGCUGCUGCUCGUGGACCCCGGCAAGGAUCUCCAGACUGCGCCGACCAUCCUACAGACCAUUGAUAUCCCGGCGCCAGGGAACGGGCCGCACUGCGUGUUUGAAAUUGGCAACCGCAUCUGGGCCGGCCUCAAGGAGGAAUCUGAGCAGACAGGCAAAUACUACGUGUUCUCGGCCGAUGUCUCUGACCCGACGGACUACACAUUGUACGAGUGUCUCAAAAGCCCCGUAUUUAUCAAGGAGGAGCCGAUCACUGGACUGAUAUAUGUUACGCAAGACACCGACUCAUCUAUCAUGCGCAUCAAUGUCAGCACCGGCGAGACGGAGCAGCUGCCAAUCCCGCCCAGCGUCGGCAACACUGCCGUCGGGAUGAUCACCGCCUACGGCCCCAUGAAUGGUGUGUGGUUCACUCUCGCUGGGAAUGCCACUGGUGGCACUGGCACCUUUGGCCAUAUCGGAACCUCUGGCGAGAUGAAGUUCUUCCAGCUCCAGCACCCACUCGGAGUUAAUUCAGGUCUACUCCAUCUUGCUGACGCGACGACCCACGAUGUCGGCCCGGCCUUGUGGAUUUUAUCAACGUCGCUACUCAGCAACGAUUCACCCGAUGCCCUGAUACAUGUGACUUUUAACGACGAUCUCACGUCCGUUGCCGACGAAGAGUAUAUUUCUAUGCUCACUCAACACUCUAAGGUGCACCGGGUCGUGCCCUUGGAUUCCACGGUUUUAGUCUCUGAGCUCAGCACCUUUACACUCGCCCAACUCCGCUACAGUAACACCGUUGCCGGGCAGUGGCUGCCAGCUGAGUCUGUCCAUGGCAGUGCAGUUUACGCGGAGGCUAGUUGA